AUGAACAGAAAAAUGAUGUUAGCUUUAAAUUCGAGAUUUGAUGGCUCAAAGCCGGGCUUCAGCAACGACAAGAACGCAAUUCUGCAGGAAACGAAGAUAUUUUCUAAAAUUCCGAUCAAUUCGAAGAAAUGUGCCAAGUUGCUAACGAGGAUUCUGAGCUUGCUGAACUGCGGCAAGGAAAGCCUGACCGAAUCGGAGUCUUCCGGCAUCUUCUUCGGAGUGACGCGCCUGUUCGAGGCGGACGACGAGCGCCUGCGCAGACUGAUAUACCUGCUGAUCAAGUCGCUGCCAGUUAACGAGACGGAGAUAUUCAUCGUAACGAGUUCACUCACGAAGGACAUGAACUCGAACAAUUACGUGUACAGAGCGAACGCGAUCAGGUCAAUCUGUUUCAUUAUGAGAGGACCAGUCUCGGCGCAAAUAGAGAGGUACCUGAAGUCGUCGCUGGUGGACAAGCAGCCGUACGUGUCCUCCUCGACGCUGCUGUGCUGCAUAGGAAUGUUCACGAGGAGCUCGGAGACGCUGAAGCGCUGGUUCAGCGAGAUCACGACCUGCCUCUCAAACAAGAGCGAAAUGGUGAGGUUUCACGCCACUAUUCUGCUGUUCCUGCUGCGCUUCAACGACAAGCAGUCGAUCAGGAAGCUGGUCUCGACGCUGGAGGACUCGGGAGAACACGUAAUAUGCUUCAUCAUCAGGUUCCUGACGGCGAACUCGGGGUUCGCAGAGACUGCGCCCUUCAUAGCGAAGUACCUGUCGCACGAGAGCACGAUGGUGAAGCUGGAGGCGUGCAAGAGCGUGGUGUCGAUGCUGUUGGCGCACAUCAGGGCGAAGGGGACGGUGGAAAACUUCGGCCACGACCUGAGCCCAGUGCUGGAGGUGUUUAAGCACUUCCUGACCGUAGGAGACGUCUUCACGUUCGCAGCAAUGAGGCAGAUCUCAAUCCUGGCGCAGCUGGUGCCGGAGAAGGUCAACGUGUUCAACAAGCAGCUGGAGGUGUACAUCUCAGACAAGAAUCGCACGCUCUCGUCGCUGGCGCUGGUGACGCUGCUGCAGACGGGCAGCUCGAACACAAUAGAGAACCUGCUGAACCAGGCCUCGGGACUCUCGGGAGAGUUCAAGCUGGAGGUGACGCGAGCAAUCAAGAGACUCUGCAUAUCGCACCCGGACAAGUACAAGCACGUGCUGAGGUUCAUGGCAUUCAACUUCAGAAACGAGUCCUCGUUCGCGUCGAAGAGGGAGAUGGUGGACGCGACGAUAUUCAUCGUGCGCGAGAUCCCGAAGGCGAGGAACUACGGAGUCCUCAACCUGUGCGAGUUCAUCGAGGACUGCGAGUACGCGGAGAUCAGCACGAAGGUGCUGAAGUUCCUGGGCGAAAACAUCCCGAACCUGAAGAACCCGCACGAGUACGUCAGGUUCAUCUACAACAGGCUCAUCCUGGAAAACGCACUCGUGAGGAGCGCGAGCAUCGACGCACUGGAGAGCAUAGCGACGAAGCUGCCGGAGCUGAGGGAGUGCAUUAUCGAGAUCAUAAGGAACACAAACACAAAUGACAACUUUGAGCUGCAGGAGCAAGUAAACGUGGUGUACAACCUGCUGCUGCACAACGCAGGCGCAGGCACCGAAGGGGUCGACAAACCCGCCACCAAUCUGCUAGACGUAGACGCAGGCUCAAGCGCACCCAGUAGCGAGUUCGGAAGCUUCGGUGAAAUUAACCAGUCGGACCUCAAUAGACCCUGUGACGAAGGGGGAAAGCUGGGUGUCGCAGCACAGUUUAACAGAGAUGACCUGAAGGGACUGUUGGAGGUGUAUAACGAAAGUAAGAUGGAUAUGUACCUGGAGGACCUGUCGAGAAAGCUGCAGGACACAGUGGAUAACGGAGUGGACCUGGAGGAGUACGACCUGAGCAGGCCACCAGAAGAAAGGUCAAUCAGCGUCGACACGGCGAGUGGAGCCGAAGCAACCAUAGUCGCAACGGGUCCGGCACUGGAAACCGCACGAGCUCUGCCAGAAGACGUGGCGGAGAAGCUGGAAGGGAAAGUGGAGCCGACGUUGACGGUGAGCCUCACGGAGGAGGAGGAAGAUUACAACGUCGCAGUGAACGUGUUUUGCAACGCGCACUACACAGUGCUGCAGUUCGCAGUCGAGAACACGCUCAACAACCAGUUCCUGGAGGACGUGUCUAUCAGCCUGGACACGAAGGCCUGCAGCAACGCGGGGGACCUGCUCUACCAGACGGGAGCGAAGAAGGUCGACGUGAACGACACGCAGCAGCUGUACGCAGUGCUGCGGAACAGAGCGGGCGGGCCCAGCGACUGGGAAAACACGCUCAUGCUCGGCCCCUGCGGAGUCACGCUCAACUUCACGGUGAACUGCUCGAACGACAAGUACAAGGACUCGUUCAAGAUCAACAACCUCAACUUCGGGCUCUCGAGCUACAUGGCGGCCUGGGAGCUGCAGCCGCGCGAGUACGUGGCGCUCUGGACCGAGUGGGAGCGCCACGAGGUCGCCGGCACCUUCAACCUGCAGUUCAGGUCGCUGGCGGAGGCCUCCGCCGAGAUCCUGAAGUUCUUCGGCAUGAAGGAGUGCACCGGCGGCCUCCAGAACAAGAUCAGCUGGAGUCACCUCUCAGGGCGCUUUCUGGGCGCUUUCGGGCUGCUGGCGAAGGCCUCGUUCGCGCAGCCCAACGAGAACAUGUGUGUUUUGAAGCUCCAGCUCAGGUCUAAGGAGGAGCACGUCUCCAAGUACCUCCUGUCGCACCUGGAGUAG